GUUGAAUGCCAAGCUUUUCAGUCUUUCUUCUGUACUGUCUUUGGGUAGAAGUCUGAUUGGGCAAGGUGUCGCCUCCAUCAUAUCCAAUCCAGUGUGUCGCCAGCUUUUACGAAAAGAAAUAAGACUUGGUAUAUAGAAAGAAGAAGAAGAAAAGAAAACAGUUGAGUUUCCCAUAAUGCAAAAAGCUAUGGCCAUUCAUUUCCAUGACAAUAUCUCCAAAAUAUGGAGAGUCUUCAUGACUGGAGUAGAUUCUGUUCAUCCCAAAGAAAUAGUGAGAAAUGUUGUUAAAAGAGAUGGUGAAAAGCUUGUUAUUGGUAAUGCCAAAUAUGACUUGAAGAAUAAUGUUUAUGUAAUUGGCUUUGGAAAAGCUGUUAUUGAAAUGAUUAGUCCUAUUGAAAAUGCUUUGAAAGUAUCUAAUACUGGAUCUCAUUUACAAAAGGGAAUUUUUAGUGUUCCUGUUGGAAUAAAGGACAAAUUUUAUCUUCAUUCCUCAUUAUACUCAAGUAAUGUAAUAGAAUGUUUAGAGGGUGCAAUGAACAACAUUCCUGAUGAAGCUGCCUUUACUGCUUCAAAAAGGAUAGUAUCUUUGGUGCAAAGUCUUACAGAACAAGAUCUCCUCAUUGUGUUGAUAUCAGGUGGAGGCUCUGCUCUCCUUCCAUACCCUGCUCCUCCUCUCACACUGUGUGAGAAAUCUGCCAUUAUUAAAACUUUAAGUCGUGGUGGUGCAAACAUCUUUGAGCUUAACACUGUAAGAAAGGCUCUAUCAGUCACUAAAGGGGGAGGCAUUGCACACAUGACAAAGGCAAAAGUUGCUUCCCUAAUACUAUCUGAUGUUAUUGGCAAUCCUCUUGAUAUAAUAGCCAGUGGCCCCACAGUGGUAAAUAGAGAUCCUCCUGAAGCUGCCAUUAAGGUCUUGCAAAAAUAUAGCAUACAAAUUACAGAUAAAAUUUAUCAGUCUCUUCAAGUUGGAACAGCACCAAAAAAAGAAUUCUCCCAUGUCAGCAACAAUGUCAUUGGCAGCAAUGAAACUGCUUUAUCUGCAAUUGAAACUUCCCUGAAUUAUAAUGGAGACAUACCUUCUAAAGCAUUGAUAUUAUCAUCAUCACUAAAUGGUGAGGCUGCUGAGGUAGGAGCUAAGAUAGCAUCUCUGGCAGCAGUGCUCACAAAUAUGAUUGAAGGUGAGCAGAAGGCUGACCUGCUUUGUGAAGAAAUACUUCAGGAAUUAUGCAUAGAUAUAAAUAAAAAGAGCAUCAUCAAGGACACUGUAGCCAAAUGUCAGCAACUAAGAUGCCCUCUGUGGCUUAUAUUUGGAGGAGAGACAACUGUUACUGUCACUGGAACUGGCCAAGGAGGAAGGAAUCAAGAAAUGGUCUUGUCAUUUAGCAUCAACAUCGAGAAGAAAAUGAAUGAAUCAUCCUUUAAAGGGGAAGUUCUUUUCAUGUCUGGAGGAACAGAUGGUAUUGAUGGUCCCACAGAUGCUGCAGGGGCGCUCACUUAUUGGUCAUCACAAUAUGCUUCUACUCGAUCCCAAGUUUUGGAGGCAAGGGAUCAAGACCUGAUACCUGAGAAAUUUCUUCAAGACAAUGCUUCAUAUGACUACUUUUCUCAGCUAAGCUCAGGAAAGUAUCACUUCAAGCCUGGUCACACUGGAACUAAUGUCAUGGACAUCCAAAUUCUUCUUAUAAACCCCACUUAAAACGUUCCCUGCGAUACAACCCACAUCGGUGCUGCGAUGUGACCCACCAGUGUGUCGCAUCGCAACAGUUUUCACAUGCAUCACAUUUUAAUCUUACUAUAAGUAGAAAUUGGAUUAUAUAGUAAUACUGUAAUAAACAGUAUGUAUAGAAGGGCAUAAUAAACACUGAUAAAUAUGAA